AUGGAGGGUGAGCCAUCCUCUGAUGCCUCCAGUGCCAACACACCUGCUAACCGGAGCGAAACGCCGGUCCGCACCAAGGCUACGCAAAGCCCGUCUUACAUGGAAGGCAACCUCGCUGCGGCUCGCAGAGCUGUGAUGAAAGAGCUUGGAACAACCAUACCGCAGGUGUCGACCGAAUUCUUUCAGACACACCUCCUUCCUCCGCUUCCCGUGGGCGUUAACAUCAACCAGCUAGUCAACAAUCUUCGCGCUAGGAAAUACAUCAAAGGGAAGCGUUGGGCGGCAUUCCGAAAGGAUCCAAAAGAUGCUCGCGGGAAGGAGAAUGUCUGCUUCAGAUCUCUCAAACGUGUGGCAGACGCCAUCGAGGAGGUCGCGGUCAAGAUGACAGGCGAAGAACCGCAAUUCGCAUUUGUCCAGAACCCAAACAGCGCUCCCGAGUCAAGUACGAGGACGUCGAAAAGUCGCCCGGAUGGAUGUUUCAUUCGCAAGUCAGGGCCUAAGGGUAGGUUCCGAUGGAUGGACAUCGCGGUUUCCGCUGAAUACAAGAAGAUGGAGAACACUACAACUAGGGACGAUGAUGUUCAAAAGAUUGUUUGGAGCAUGCAUCACUGCAUGCGGGAGGAUGCGAGACGCCGGUUCACAUAUGGCCUCACGAUUGAGAAUAAGACGAUGCGGAUGUGGUUCUGCAGCCGCACAGAGCUGCUUGUCAGUGAACCGAUUAAUUUCAUUUUGCAACAUCAUAAGGUCGUUCAUUUCUUCGUCGCGAUGAUGUAUGCGGCUGAACAUGAGGCGGGAUGGGAUCCCACAAUUCAAUAUGUCUGGAAAAACGACAAAAAGAACGGCGAGCUUGUGCUAGACGACGACGACGACGCCCGCCUCGACAUCGAUGUCCAAGAUGGGAAUGGAAAAGUCGUGCGAUAUCGGACGAUAAGAUGGUUAUCGGACGAUGGCGCAAAUGGUUUGCGAGGUAGGGGUACGCGUGUCUGGGAGGUGUGUAUACUAAGUGACGACGGCGAGGAAGGUGUCGAUCGCUUCGCUCUCAAGGAUCAGUGGAUCGAUGCCGACCGACAACGAGAAGGCAUGAUCAUCUACCAGCUUCGGAAUGCAAAAACAUCUGAUGCGGCGAAACGCGUUAUCGAACAAUCGCUACUCACUGUGGAACGUCACGGAGAUGUCUACGUGGAGGGCAUGCUCGAUCAUACGCGCAAUCUCAUGACGCGCCGUGGCGAGCCGCGCUCCCGGAUCCGCUUCAAACUUCAAGAACUCCCGGAGAACGGAGUUAAAGAGACCACUGCAGCCAAGGCCACAAAACGAACACAAGUAGGCGUGGGCCACUACCAGUCCCCAGAGGAGCUAACGACGCCGUCAGUAGAGAAGGUUGAGACAUACCAUCCAAAGGUGCACUACCGUAUCGUGUUCAAGGAGGUAUGCAAGCCGAUUCACGAAUACACCUCGCUUAAGGACGUUUUUGAUAUUCUCGUAAAUGCUGUAGUUGUACUGCUAAUCUUGCAUGAGCUUGGAUGGGUGCAUCGUGACAUCAGCAUAGGCAACCUCCUCGGCUUUAUCAUAAAUGGAGUGCUGUAUUGCAAGCUGUCAGAUCUCGAAUACGCAAAGCCGAUGGAUGAUCGUUUGGGUCACGAAAUCCGGACUGGCACUAGAUCGUUCAUGUCGGUCGAAGUAAACGAUAUGGAGUAUUGCUUUCUUCCGUCAGAAUCGCAGGAAGCAAAUGCGGACGGGGCCAAGCCAUUUCCAAGUGUAGCUAAUCCCACCCAAGACCAGAUGAAAUCCAUUGAAUUGGCCAUAGACCGGGCGGAAUCCAUGCGAUGUGGCAACCCUGAGAAGAUCGUCGUGCCAAUCCGCAAGGUUGGCCCCAUCGUGCCCUUUCGGUACAAUCCCCUACAUGAUAUUGAAUCUCUUUGGUGGGUGGCAAUAUACUUUGUCUUCAACAGAUCAGUUGUCCAGGUCGGUGGCGAACCCCCAUCCAUGGACGUGUCGCAGCGGGGAAGCUACAACGCUCAGAAAGAGUACACCGAACUGUUGACCACAUCGCCGCAGAAGAGACAAUCAGCGUUAGGGAACGAGCGUACCCUGCAGAACCAAAUCAUCCACUUACACGCCGCCAUACGAGAGAUCGCUUACGACCUCAACCAGAUCAGGGCGCAGCUAGUCAGCUGUUAUCGAGAGGCUGAGAAGAAUCUAGGCGGGAUUCAUCAUAGAAUUGGCCACGACCUACUUCAAAGCGCCUUCUUAACACACUUCGGACAAAGUCUUCGCAAGCUGCAGAACAAGGACAUUCAAAUCGACAUUCUACGCAAUGAUCCACGACAACGUGUCGAGGACGGCGUUACCGACGACAAUGGUCCCGCUGAUGAUGAUGACACAGAAGAAAAUUCAAACGAAGGUGACCAGGGAUCCGGACUCGCAGAUCUAACUCGAGAGGUGAGCGUCGGAGACAUGACUGAAGAGGCAACUGUUGAAGAUGGCGCACAAGACGCAGUUGUCGAAGAGUCUGACGCUGGACGAUCCGUUAGCAAAGCUACCGAAUCAUCUGUCCCUCAAACCUUGACAGAGCCCCUUGUAGAAGGACGCUCUACUCGUCCGCAGCGCAAGCGUGCUCCUCCCGUCCGAUAUGGGGCAGAGUCCAAUGUGAAGAAAGACACUACAUGCAAGACCGCAUCAUCGUCAGCCCCGACUACAGCAACGCGGGCUGCGACGGGCCAAUCAACCUCAGGGACUACGUCUAGCACUAGAAAGAAGGUGAAGGCAAAGUCGAAGUCGAAGUCGAAGUCGAAGGGUUCAUCAGCAUUGAACACAUUGAUAAAAGUCGCAGUAUCGCAUACAAGAGACAAGAAACGCGACCUCAGACCUGAUGCUUGUGACUCACGCCCGCCAUCGCGCACUUUGGUUUCCGGCCAAUCGGCCAAGCUCCCUCGUCCACAAACCUCGUGGCUCAUAGAUUUCGCACAUCCCGAACUCGAAGAGCGCCUUCGAGAUCGUCUCGUUACAGCGAGCGAAAAAACGAUAGGCGCGACCACCUCCAGCAACUGUUCUCUCCGGCCGAUGAUCCGAGAUGCCGUAGCCACAGCAGCCACAGAUCUACAGGCCGGCAGCCACAGCAGACAGUGGACACCGCUAGCUGACACUCGGGAGCAGCAGACACAAACAGAUAAUCGUGGACAGCUCUUCCAAGGGGCCGCUGCCCAACCAGACACCGCACGAGGGAUCGUACCUCCUCAUGGAGGUGCACAUACCAACGACGUCCGACCGGUCCCACACGCCCACCUCGCGGUCGACCCAACGGCGCACCGUGUGGCGUGGAAGGAUCUAAUGCCGUCCUGGUUACUGCGCGCGAAGCGGUGGCAGGCGCUGAGUGUCGUUGAGGACAGGAAGACACUGUACGAGACGCGGGAGGUCAUGGCGGGUCCCGGUGCGUAUUUUGUGCGCGCACUCCUUUCUAGUGAGUUGCAGCAGGGAUUCCAGGCGGUCGCCGAUGGACUGAAGCGCCAAGCGGAGUAG